AUGGAAACUGACGACCACGAUGGCAGAGUCACUGCUGUGAAUGGGUACGACUGGCAUGUUGCUCUUCCGAAGAAUAUCCAUGAAGCUGAUCUUCCGCUCAGGGAUAUCUCCUUCCAGGCCGUUUGGACGGUUUCCAGCUGCAAGUCUGAGGGUAAUGGUGUACAUGAAUUACUACAUGACAGCGUCGAAAAGUAUUGGCAAAGUGAUGGUCCACAACCGCAUACAGUCACCAUAGAGUUUCCGAAGAAAACAGACAUUUGUUUCGUCAUGAUGUAUCUUGACUUCAAAAAUGACGAAUCGUAUACCCCAAGCAAAAUAAUUGUACAAAUAGGAUCAUCACUGGUACAUCUUGAUGAUGGUGUUCCUGUGGAGUUCAACGAGCCGACAGGGUGGGAGUUUAUCGAUCUCCGGUCACGAAGGACGAAUAGACCGUCUCGCGCGAUGGUGAUUCAGCUGCAAGUAGUCCACAAUCAUCAAAAUGGUCGUGAUACACACAUUAGGGUUGUUUUUACCUCUACUGUUUAUCAGUGUUUUUGA